AUGGUUGAAAAACUUCCGGCUGAAACGCUUCAUGAAAUUUUUGAACGCAUUAUUCAAACUGAUAAUAGCAAUGAAAAUCUUUCACAGCUUUUAUUUCCCUGUCUUUUGGUCUGCCGUUCUUGGUGUCUUAAUAUGGUACAAGUUCUUUGGAGUAAACCUUUCCACCUUCUGAGAAAAACUUCCAGUAAACUUAUUCAAGUAUACCUUGAUGGCUUAUCCAAAGCAGAACGCAAAGAUCUUAUUGCUGCUGGAAUCAACAUAUCCAUUAUUCCUUCGAAAACGCUAUUCGAUUAUAUGAGUUUCCUUAAAGAUUUGAAUUUUGAAUUAAUUUAUAAUUCCGCACAAAGUUGGUUGGAAUCAAAAACGAAUGAAGAUUAUGAAAACAACCAUCUUAUGCUUAAUAAUAGUAGUGAUAUUGAACAGCAAACUUUUGAACUUGCAAAAGGACUUUGUAAAGUAUUUCUUUCUCAUUGUGAGAGGUUAAAAAGCAUAGAUUUAUCAAGAACAAUGACACCAACAAUUCCAAAUGAUUAUCUUUCGAUAAUUAAACUACCAUCCGCUGAAAAGGCACUUUCACAAUUAGAAGAAUUUAAGUUUACUGCUCGCGAUCUAGACAGAGAUAUUCUUCCAGAUAUUUUAAAUUAUUGUAAUAGUAUACGAUCUAUAGAUAUGUUUUCAAUUCCUUUUUUGACAGAUUCUAUGAUGGAAGAUGAUACUGAUCGGAGGAUAGACUCUUUAUGCAGAUUUUUAUCUUCACAACGAAAAGUUAGAAGGUUAUCGCUUCAUAUUGAAUUUCGCAAUUCAACGAAUGAUAAAAUAGCUUCAAUAAUUCCAUCAAUUGGACAAAUUGAUUCUUUAAAUUGGAUCAAGUUUUAUAGCAUUGAUUUUAGAUGUGUUACCGCUGGUGAUAUUGUGGAAGCUUUAUCAAAUGUGAAAACACUUCUUUUUGAAGGUUGCACACUUACAUUAACUGAUAUAAGACCACAACGGACAAGAUUUCACCGACUUACCAAAUUAGCAUUUUAUAGAUUCAAAUUUUCUUUAGAUGUGAUGAAUGUUCUUAUUGUGAGUUGUGAAGAAACUUUGCGAGAGAUUCAAUUACGUGGGACGAUAAGUGAUAAUUCCCCGAAUGAAGCCAAACGAGCACGAUUGAUAUCAAUGUUUACUGGUUGUUCUAAACUUGAACAUCUAGAGUUUCAUUCAUCUUUGUUUUUAUUUGGUACUUCGAGCGAAAUUAUGGAUGAAUUAAGCGAUGCAAUUCCACCAUCACUACUUGAAUUUUAUAUUGAUUGUAAAUGUUUACCUCAAGAAUUAGAUGCUUUCCUUGAAAAAUGUAAUGCAAACCUUCAAUGCUUGGCAUUGAGCACUGAAGACGUUAAGGCAAACAUUAAUGAUGAAAUUUUGGUAAUAGUCAGAAAGUAUGCAAUUAGUAAAAAUUCAUUGAAGAAAUUAAUAAUGGCAGGAUUGUCAGAUCAAAGUAUUAAUUCAUCCCGAGAAUUAGAAGCUACAAGAAAAGUGAUUAAAGUGGAUACACCAAUGCAAUAUGCAAAGCCUUUGAGUAUUUGGAAUUAA